GACUAAUGGGCAAGAAGAAUGAAAUGAGCUGAUUACCUGAGGAUCAUGGAAAACAUGGAACCAAAGCUCAAAAACGCCCCCUACUUCCGUUGUGAGAAGGGAAACGACUUGAUCCCCGUGUGCCAGAAGUGUGAGACCUGUGUGUUAGCAUGGAAGAUCUUUUCUACUAAAGAGUGGUUCCAAAGGAUCAAUGGUACAUUGCAGAGGAAGUUUCUCGUUAGCAUUCUAGAGCAGUUAAAUAGCUUGUAUUUGUUACACUAUUUCCAAAAUAUUCUGCAGACCACCCAGGGAAAGGAUUUCAUCUAUAACAGGUCUCGGAUUAACCUCAGCAGGAAGGAGGGGAAAGUUGUGAAGUCCUCCACGAACCAAAUGUCGGAAACAAUGGUGGAAGAAGAGAUGAAGGAGAUCUUGUACUGGUUCAGCGCCAGCACCCACCGGACUAAGGCAAAUUACACUCUCCUGCUGCUGCAAAUGUGCGACCCCAAAGUACUGCUCACUGCUGCUGAUGUGAUCAGAGCUCUGUUUCAGAGAGAGUGGAGCAAUGUCACAGGGUUCAAAGAAGACUCCACUGAUGUGGUUUUUUUCCCUGAGAAAGACUACAACUCCAAGAUGGAAACCUCCCAUGUCCGCUGGGCAGUGAAAACCAGGCCCUCAUCCUUCCCUUUGUCUAGAUCCUUAGGAAAUAAAAAAGUACUUGAAAAUGUGGGAAGAGAAGCAGAUAAUGCUGAGGAACAAUGGAAGAGUUCGCUCCGAUGUAUUUCUGAGAUGAAUGAACUGUUUUCCAGAAAAGCAGGCAUGCUCAGCCCAGGGGAUGAUCCCUGCCAUCUGUUGAUGGACCUGGAGGAUGUCAGAGAUCUGUCUUCUGGGUUUAGCAAAUACCGAGACUUCAUCCGUCACCUGCCUGUCCACCUCUCCAAGCACAUCCUAAGAAUGUUGGACAAAAAUACCCUGAACAAAUGUGCUUCUGUGAGUCAGCACUGGGCCACCCUAGCUCAGCAGGUCAAGACGGACUUAUCCAUGAACACCUUCAUUCAGAACCAGAUUGUCCUCUUGCAGGGGUCCUACACAAGGGGAAUAGAACCCAAUUAUGCCAACAGGCUUCCUAUCCCAGUUCCUAAAAUGACGGACGAUGGGAAGCGCAUGCGUGCAAAAAACCAGAAGUGGAAACUGAGAACAAAGAAUGACUACAACCUGUGGACUGCGUACCAGAACCAGGAAACUCAGCAGGUCUUGAUGGAGGAGAGAAAUGUUUUCUGUGGUACCUACAAUGUCCGCAUUCUCUCUGACACGUGGGACCAAAACAGAGUCAUCCAUUUUUCUGGGGGAGAUUUGGUAGCUGUGUCAUCUAAUCGGAAGAUCCAGCUUCUGGACAUCUUACAAGUCAAGCAGUUACCCGUCGUGUUUCGAGGCCAUGUUGGGAGUAUCCGAACCCUCUUCUUGUGCGAAGAGGAAAACUUUCUCUUAAGUGGGAGUUAUGACCUAAGUAUCAGAUACUGGGAUCUGAAAAGUGGGACUUGUGUACGAAUCUUCUAUGGUCAUCAGGGAACAGUCACUUGCAUGGAUUUAUAUAAGAACACGCUUGCAUCUGGAGGAAGAGAUGCCCAAGUGAAAGAAUGGGACGUAGAGACAGGGAAGUGCCUGAAGACCUUUAAACACAAAGACCCCAUCUUGGCUACCAGGAUCAAUGACACCUACAUUGUGAGCAGCUGUGAGCGAGGGACAGUCAAAGUGUGGCACAUUGCCACGGCCCAGCUAGUGAAAAAUCUCAGUGGACAUGAAGGAGCUGUAAAAUGCCUUUUCUUUGACCAGUGGCAUCUUCUCUCAGGAAGUGCUGAUGGCUUGGUCAUGGCCUGGAGCAUGGUGGGAAAGUACGAGCGAUGCCUGAUGGCCUUUAAGCAUCCAAAGGAGGUGCUCCAUGUUUCCCUUCUCUAUCUCCGAGUCAUCAGUGCCUGUGCAGAUGGAAAGAUUCGCAUUUACAAUUUUCUCAAUGGCAACUGUCUGAAGGUGAUAAAAUCUAAUGCCAGAGGGGAUCCUGUGCUGUCCUUCUUUCAUCAUGGCAACAGGAUGGUGGUCAACACAGAGAGCAAUAUUCUCAUGUUCCAGUUUGAGAAUAUAAAGUGGCAGUACUCGCAGGACAGAAGUAAACAAAAGAAGAAUAAGGAUAAAGAGGAGGAAAAGGAAGAAAACAGUCUUCUGGACAUUCUUGCCAAGUCUAGCACUCAGAUUCACAGCCUAAAAGAAUCUGUAUCCAGUAAACAUAUUGUCAACCAGGAGUUACUACUCAAUAAGCCUCACAAGUCUCACCUUCGUCUGAAUCCAAGCAAGUUAUCUGCAGCCGACAGUGUGCAGAAACUACAGAUACAAACACAAGUGAAAAUUCCUACAAAAUCAAUCAGGCGUUCAAAGAAAAAGUCCUGGAAAAAGCCUAUGUCACCUGACCGCUUUCUUCUGACUGUCAGUGCCUUGCAACAAGCCCAUAAUUCUGGACAAUUUGCCUAUCCCCAUAAGCCCCAAUCCCAAGUCACUGAUGCCCGGGUACCUUCAAUUUCAUACCCGAGAAAGGUCCUGAAUUUUAAGGGAAAGUCAAUCCAACAUGCAGUUGAUUGGUUGAAAUUCAAUAAUGUUCCCAUAGAUGUAAAACAAACCAGUACUUCCCUUGAAUUCCAGAAACUGAAGCCCAAUUUGAAGAAGUCUUUGCAGAGUCCUGGAGUCCAGUCUACCAUACCCCAGCCCAUGGUCAUCCGCCCCAAAUUCUCUGAGAGCUUAAAAGGUGAACACCACUUGACCAGUUCAAUUGAAAAAGCAGUGGGCAGUAGAGGCCCCCUGAUCAGCAUGCAGGUCAUUAAACGCAGCCACAUGUCAGUUCCACAAGUGAGCCUGGCUACUCUGACUCUCAAGAAAGAACGACCUCACUUCUACACAACUCUGGAUCCUCUUCGAAUGAACACAGAGUUCAUGCUGUUAACCGUGAAGGAAGAGAAAGAGUAUGAGGAAGCCAAAAUGAGAGAAUAUCAGGCCAGUGAGCCCACUAGAGUGGUCAGUCCAGGAAAAGAAAGCAAGGCUGCUUGGAUCCGGAAGAUCAAAGGUCUGCCUAUUGACAAUUUCAUAAAGCAAGGGAAAAUAGCAGCCCCUGAACUUGGACAAAAUGUAUUUAUCUAAAGGAGUUUUGGGAAAUUACAAUGUUUUACAGUGAACAGAAAGCCAAGUGGGUAUUUGUGUUUGGUCCUGCCCUGCCUGCCUGCCCUCCCUUCUUCUUUUCCUCUUUUCUUUGACAAUUUCCUGACACUUACUGUGGAAACACCUAUGUUCCUACCAGCCAAAGUACUGAUAUUAUCAAAGUAAGAAAGGAGGAGGAUGGUAGAUACUGGCCUCUGCAUUUUCACUGGAAACCAUUCAGUGAGACUUAGGAAGUUCAAUUUCAUUGAUAGGUGGUAGAGAGAUACUGUAAAAUUAAAUACCAUUUAUCACAA